GGUUCCAACAAGCUUAUCAAUCUGAAUAUUGAAGUUUUUGAAGUAUCUUGUUUAAGAAUUAAAUAUAUUUUGUCAAAAUGAAGAUUUUUUUGGUUGCUUUUGUUGCUGCUUUAAUGUUUGUCAAUGAAUCCUCAGCAGGAUCCAUGUCAUUGUCGUCCCAAAGAUGUAGUGCUGCUGUACUAGACACAAGAGACUUAUCACCAUGGAUUUUGAAAGAAAUGAAUGAGAAACUUUAUAGCCUUAAAGGAAUGCCAAUGGAAGAAAUUGCUGUAAUUAUGGACAAAGCUGUUGAAGAAAUGAUGACUCGAGAUAAUUUGACUCGUCGUGAUGCUGACAUCCUUCAAGCACUUAUGGCUGAUAGUUUUGAACCAAGAGGAGAAAUUAUUAUUAGAAUUAAGGUUUGGGGAUGUUAUAUUGAAAUCCAUAUUAGAUGGUAAACUACUUUUUUGAAAUGUUAAAGAAUUGAAUUGAAUAA